AUGUCACUAGAUCCAAUUCAGAUCGCGUACUCGAGAGCCGAGACUGAAGUACCAGCUCGAGUUUGGAACAUUAGGAUCAACUUUGAAGGGAACGCAAUAUUCAUGAUCAAAGACUCCGGGCUGCGCGGGCGUGGCGAGGCUGGGGUCCCGUCUGGGUUGAAGUGGAGUUUGAUGAACAAGCCCGGCUGGGAGAAGGAUCCCAGGAAACGCUACAUGGCAGCCAACGCCGACGAGGGCGAGCCCAGCACGUGCAAAAACCGCGAGAUCCUGCGCUGCGACCCGCACAAGCUCCUCGAGGGCUGCCUCGUCGCCGGCCGCAGCAUGAACGCCACCGCCGUCUACAUCUACAUCCGCGGCGAGUUCACGCAGGAGGCGCGCCACCUCCAGCAGGCCAUCGACGAGGCGUACAAGGCCGGCCCCAUCGGCAAGGGCGCGUGCGGCUCGGGCUACGCGUUCGACGUGUACCUCCACCGCAGAGCUGGCGCGUGUAUCUGUGGAGAGGAGACGGCGCUGAUUGAGAGUAUCGAGGGGAAGCAGGGCAAGCCGCCGUUGAAGCCGCCGUUCCCGGCUGAUGUUGGAUGGUUCGGUUGUCCGACGACCGUCGCGAACGUUGAGACCGUCGCUGUUGCGCCUACCAUCGCACGGCGCGGCGGGGCGUAUUUUGCGGGCUUUGGACGCGAGCGCAACUAG